AUGUACAGUUUCACAUUCACGCAAUUUAUGGAUGUUGUCCUGAACGUCGAUAAUCCAGACGAUUUUACUAAUACUUUAUACACGAUGUUGGCUAUAUUCGCUGCGUGUUACAAAAUACUCAAUCUGUGGGUAAAUCACGAGAGUUUCGCGGAGUUAAUUCAAAAUCUUACGGAAGGAACGUUUAAACCAUUAGUACCUGUUGAAGUCGAAAUUCGACGAAAAUUCGACAAAAUGAUACAGAAUAUCGCAAUGUGUUAUGUUAUUUUGAUUAUGCUCACUUGCGCAAGCCACUUCGUGGUAUCAUUACUAACGAGUUUCAAAAAAAGGCAAUUAAUACUUAGAGGAUGGAUACCAUAUAAUUACUCGUCGUUCAUGCUAUUUUGUCUCACAUAUACUCAUCAAUACGUAGGCGUGAUAUCCGCAUCUCUUGUUAAUGUUGCUUGUGACAGUCUCAUUGUUGGUCUGUUAUUGCAUCUGUGCUGUCAAAUUACGAUCUUACAAUAUCGUUUUAAAGGUUUUAUAACUGGCCAGAAUACUCUGGAUCAUUGUAUACGCCAACAUCGUCACAUAAUCAAUUUCGCAUACGCAACUAAUGAGAGAUUCACGAGAAUCAUCGCGUUUCAAUUUGUAGCAAGUACAUUCGUUGUCUGCUCGAACUUGUAUCAAUUAAGUAGAACAAAAUUAAUAGUAGAUUUCAUUAUUCUUUUUGCAUACACAAUUUGUGUACUUGUACAAAUUUUUAUUUAUUGCUGGUUUGGAAAUAAACUCAAACUGAUGAGCCUUCAACUGGUCGAUAGUAUUUUCGAAAUAGAGUGGAUAGCAUUGGACCAUAAAACUAAAAAGAGCCUUUUGAUAAUUAUGAUUCGCGCAAUGAAACCUAUUGAAUUUCACAGCGCACACAUUUUUAACAUGAAUUUAGAUUCUUUUGCAGCGUUGCUUAAAACAUCAUAUUCUGCUUACAAUUUGCUAAUCCAAAUACAGGAACAACAGUAUAAAGGCAAGUAA